AUGAAGUCAAAGCAAGCCCCCGAGGACUCUAUCGAAGUUGUUCGACCAUCUAUCAAGUUUGAGCCCGAUAGAGCUGAUUUCGAGGCGCGAGUAAAGCGUCUUGAGGCAACUCGAGAUGUGAAUGAGCCGCUGCCCAAAGGCUUUCCCCGUGCGAUUACCGGACCUAGGGUCUGGUAUGGAAGAGAUAUCGGGGGAGUCGAUGCUCUCAUCACCGAACUAACCAAAGAUGAGAUUGCAGAGGUCGAGGCGGCCCUCCAGUACUUCAAAGGUACGUCGGCUUCGCGCAGCAAUAACGGCCCUGAUCAGAUGUCAAAGGAGCUAUUUCCGCUACCCAAGUAUGGUGCUCAAUUGGAACAGAUAUCCAAGGAUCUCCACUCUGGUCGUGGUAUCACUAUCUUGCGAGGGCUUAAUCCUGAAAAUUACUCUGCCACCGAUAACGUCUUGCUGUUUGCUGGAAUUGCAAGCCACAUCGGAGAGCAAAGGGGCUGUCAGGAUAGGUUUGGAAACAUGCUCACCCAUCUGGUCGACAUGGGGUUCAAGUUUGGAAAGUGUAGCAAACGUACUCCGACUUUCACUGGUGGAAUCCUACCAUAUCACAACGAUGUCUGUGAUAUACUUUGCAUGUAUAUCCAAGAUAGUGCGGCCAAUGGUGGAGAGUCCACACUUGCUUCCUCGGCCACAGUCUACAAUAGAAUUGCGGCAAGUCGCCCUGACAUGGUGAACACACUCGCGGCACCCAUCUGGGUCUACGAUAAAGAUAAGCCACCUGAGGUCUGGCAUGCUAGGCCCAUUCUCUUUGGGGAGAAAGAACACGGUCCCUUCUUCUGUUUCAGUCGACAGAAGAUUACGGGGUCAGAGCAUUACCCCUUGUCUCAGAGCCUUCCGGCCAUGAGUGAAGAGCAAGCAGAGGCCUUGGAUAUGAUCCAUUACGUCGCCGAGGAGACUGGGAUCACCAUGUCUCUCAAACCUGGCGAUAUGCUCCUAUACAACAAUUUGGGCGUGCUCCACGGUCGGAAUGCUUUCACCGAUGCUGAAGUCGGAGACCAUAGACGCCAUAUCCUGCGACUUUGGGUCAGGAACGAAGAAAGGGCUUGGGAUACACCUGAAGAGUUGGCAAGAGAAUGGCACCUUGUGUACGGGGACUCAGUGAGGCGUGCGAGAGCUCAGUGGCGUAUGCGACCCGAAGACACAGAAAAAGACCGUGUCAUUGGACAUAAGUCGACUUGCUCUUGA